GCGUCACUGAACAUUAAAUCACGUGUUGGCGUUGUUGUUACCAGCUGUGAGGGAAAAAAGGGAUAGUUUGUUAACAUGUAUUAUAAUUUCACGAGAGGGUGUGGCAUGGCUUAGUGGGGUUACGUAAUGAAAGAAAAACGUGACUACGUUGGGCGACGCUGCAGCCAAUACUUCACAGUGAGUCAGAGAACAGGAAAUCAGCAGAACACUCCGCGUCUUGCACGUUUUCCACAAGGCGAAGGGUGUAUGACAGCAGUACGGCAGCUGUCCUCGGUCAUGAGUGUCUCCUCAAACAGGGACGACGCACUCAGGAAGUCAGCGACAAAGCGGAGAAUGUGAACAGGGAAACGAUGUGCUCCACGGAAAACAACGCGGAGCUUCAAGCGUCAUCGUCCGACCCCGCUCUUAUUCUGGAGCUGAAGACCAGGCGUCCUCCGUCCCUGGAGGGUCGGGCUGGAUGUGAGACCUGGAGCGUGGACUUCUCACCGGACGGAGCCUGGUUCGCCUGGUCGAUGGGACACGGGAUCGUCUGGGUGGUCGCCUGGCCUCUCGACUCCGAAGACAGUCAGAAUGGAGAGACCGACCGAGGAGACAAGAGCUUCAGUUGUGGUCAUCCAGUGUGGGGCCUCGCCUUUGGACCCAGACCACCAAAAUGUACUGCAGGGUCCCGCUCAGCUAUAACGCCGCCAAAAGGGAACAGCACCUUGCUUCUGGCCACAGGCUUGGAGAACGGGGUGAUCAAAAUCUGGAACGUGUUAACAGGUGAUGCUGUGUUUGACCUCCAUGGACAUGAAGGCGUUGUGAGGGACCUGGUCUUCCCUCAGAACGGGACCCUCACGCUCAUAUCAUCUUCUCGGGACAAGACGUUGAGGAUUUGGGACCUGGCCCAGAAAGGUAAGAGGGUGCAGGUGCUGUCUGGCCAUAAGGACUGGAUCAGCUGCUGCAGCGUAUCAUCUGACUGCAGCAUGAUCGCAUCUGUCGGCAGGUUUGACAGAAUGGUGUGUCUGUGGAGUCUGCGGUCGUAUACAUUCAUAAGAAACCUGACCGGAGGGACCCGCAAGACCUUGUACCUCCUGUCUUCCUGCGACUUCUCUCCUGACGGGGCGCUGCUCGCCACCGCAGCCUUCAGCGGCUCCAGCUGGUGGAUCGACCUGUGGGACCCGUACACUGCAGAGAAGCUGGCCACGCUGGUUGACUACUUUGAAGAUUACGGGCAAAACCAAAUUUCAGCGAUACAGUUCUCCCCCAACGGUUUGUAUUUGGCGAUCGUGACUGACGACAGAGCUCUUCAGAUCUGGGAGCCAGGAAAGAAAGGGAUGACGAUGCAGACCAAAGUGGACAGAGACUCUAAUGGACUCUGCUGCAGCUAUCAUCCACAAGGGGGAGUGGUCGCCACGGGAACCAGAGACGGCCACGUGAGGUUCUGGAAGGCUCCCGGGACGGUGCCCAGUCUGUCCCACCUGUGCCGGUCCAUCCUGCGCCACUCGGUCUCCACACACCAGAUGGAGCCGCUGCCCCUCCCCAAGAGGAUCCUCGAGUACCUCACCUACAGAAACAUCCCCAACCGUCUCAAGACCUGCUGCUCCUCAGUUGAAGAGGAGUGGGAAAGCUAAAUAGGAAUGCUAACACAAUGCAACUACUGACAUUUACAGUGAGUGAUUGUUAUGCACUCUCAUUAAAGAAAAAAAAAUAUUGGCUGGUUGAGAUGCUUUCACAGCUUGAUUUAGUACAGUAAGCGUCUCUUACUGUAAUCGGCCUUAGAUGCAACAUUCCGAAAGAUUUUUUUUAUUUGCACUACUGGAAGAUAAUGCAUAAACUCAUUCACAUGCUUAAACUGAAUAUGAUAAUUUUAUACUCUUAAUUUAUUGUGUAAAUAUCACAUGUAAAUGUAUUUCUAAUUUCUGUGUUUAUCACAAAACAGCACAUGCACAACUGCUGUAUUAGCACUUGCUGACUACAGAAACUGGACUUAAAGGAAAUAGUUUUAUUAAACAGAUUCAAACACA